AUGGUGCUUGAGCUGUGCAGUGUGAUGCUCUGGAGACAAGGCCGGGGCAGAGUCACAGCUGAGUGGCACAUCCAGCCCUUGAAUUACUACAGAUGGCGAUGCCCACGGCCUACAGAGAGAAACCAGGAGGGAAAUAGGAGGAGGAGCAGGUUCAGGGAAGUGGCGUUGCGUUUUACUGACGACGAUGCUCAGGCCGAGGCCUCAUGCGGUGGGUACCGCCUCCUCCCGCUGCCGCUGCCGGGCUGCUUGGCCUUGUUGGGUUCUCUGGGGCGGGAGGCUCAUGGCGCGUAUAUUCCUGGGCCGCAGGUGCAGGGGCUCAUACUUCUCACCCUCGUAGAAUUGGCUGAACUUCUUUUGCUGAGCCUGUUUAAUGACGGAACAGAAUAUGAUUGCGGCGUGAAGCGCGUGCGCACAGCACAGACCACAGCGCACCGUGCGCGCGCUCCGAGCUGGAGUCUGUCGCACCGCGAACAGGGUGAUCAAGUGCUCGGGGCGCAUCCUCCAGGACCAGGUUCACCGAAUACCGUUAGCGGGGCCGCUGACAGCCUGCCAGCUGCAUCCCCAAUACCUCCCUCAGGCGUCUCUUACCCACCACUUGCUUGCACUGAAAAUAAUCACUGCGAUAGUAAUAAAGAAUCCUUAAACGGCGUCUCGGUUUUUUGCAGGCGGCCGAAGGUCCCCUUCCUGGGCUCUGCACCUGCGAGUCCCCUGGCGGGCCCGGGGCUCCUGGAUCGCGCCCCUCUCCAGCCGUACUUCUCGGACGCCUUGCCCCCAUCAGCCCUGCCUCCCAGACCGUGCGACCCCGUUUGGCCUUCGCGGCCUCCCGGCCCCAACUCUGCACUGCUCCGCGCGACCCCGCCUCCGGAUCCCCGGCAGGGCUCCUGCUCUCUCCGCGCCCCGCAGCGGGGCGGGGCGGCGCAGGGGGCGGGAUUUUCUGGCACCUUCUGGGCGCCGCGAACGCUCGGAUCUCGGGCUCGGAGGCCGGAAACGUCGCUACGAAGCCGCAGGGCAUCCCGCACGGAGGCCUUUUCUUGUUCUCCGCGGAGGCCGCUCCGUCAGCGUAGACAUGGCCAAAUGGGGCCAGGGGGACCCGCGCUGGAUCGUGGAGGAGCGGGAGGACGGGACCAAUGUGAACAACUGGCACUGGUGCGGCCGGGCGGGGGCCGCGGCUUUCGGGCCUCCUCCUCCGCAGCGGCGGGCGGGAUGGUGGGGCCCCUCUGCGAGCACCGGGCUCCCCGUGCCCUGCGGGGUGGGGUGGCCAGGCCUCUCGGGCCGCGGCGCUCCCUCCGUAGGGCGGGGCCUGCACAAGUGCAGAGGAUUCUCCCCGCCCCCGCAGCCGCUCAGCGCGCUGCUGUAAAUAAGCCUCAGGACAGAGCGGGAUGCUACCAGCUUGUCCAAGGGGAAGCUCUGCGACCUCCUGGUGGGCAUCGUCGUGGAGAAUGAGACUGGACACCGUGUGAUCAGUGAGCUGAAGCAGGUAGAAGUUAUCCUUUGGAACAUCUACUCUUCUUGAGAUUCAGGCUUCAUCUCCAACGGGUUUGGGUGUGAGGAUCCCCACGGUGACACUGCACAUGACCGAACUGUUUGACCCAACUGUAGAGCAGCUGUACAGCAUCUUCGCUGUGAAAGAUAAGCUGAAAAAGGAGGGACAUUCCAAAUGUUUGAUGGGAAAAUCACUGGCGAAUAUGUAGAAUUGUUGACAAAAAGAUCGUCAUGAAAUGGAGACAUAGGAACUGGCCAGAAGAACACCAUGCGACAGUUGCACUGAAUUUUGUGCCUACUCCAGGGCAAAACGGAAUUGCAGUUGGACUGUAAAGGAGUUCCUGUUUGUAAAGAAGAGGGCAUGAAAUCCUGUUGGCAGAAGCAGCAUUUUGAAGAAAUAAAAUGUUUACUGAAGCUGACUACCCUAAAUGGUUGAAUUAGAAGAUUUUGUAAGUCUACCUCUUCUCAAUCCUUUUAAAAAAGAAAACACCCUUAAUUUAUAUUGGAUGAAAUCCAUGACCUCUUACAGAAUUCAAAACAUUGUUUGAAUCUUUACUACGAUUGGACUCUCAUUGGGUUAAAAGUAGCAAGCAAUGUGGAAAUUAGGUAUUAACCUUACCUCCCAUAGAUGCUCCUCUGGGAACAGAUUGAGCCUCUGAGUACAGAUAGUUGAAGUUUCCCACUAAAGCUUGUCCUGGCAAGCCACUCUGAGCUGUAGUUUUAGUUCAGGAAGACAAAAAAAUAAAUGGCAUGUCGAUACUUUUCCUUUAUUUCACUUCAGGGUUUUAAGGUCUGUAGCUCUUUAGGUAGCAUAGCAGCCAUGUGUUCAGAAGCAUGUUGGAGUGAGGUGCCUUGGGCCUUGUCAUCAGGCUACUCCCUGCAGUGGUUAUGCACUCCGGGCGGAGGACCGACUGGCUGCGGGGCAGCUUACGUUCUGGAUCGCCGCCAGCACUAAGGAACUAGAGUAUAAUGGAGAAAUGCUUCCCUCCCGCUCAGUGUCCUCAUUACUUUCAUCUGAGAAGACUAAAGCAAUGUUAAAUGUAAACAAAUGAAAAGUCAUCACAAUCAGUUUAAUUAAGUGCACAGAAUAGCAAUCAAUAAGUCAUGUCAAUAAAAAUAAAACAAUUA